AUGAGGAGGGAGGACAGACUGAGAAAGGAGGACGAGAGGAAGAUGAGGGAGGAGGAGGGAAGAUUGAAGAGGGAGAAAGAUGAGAGGAUUAAGGAAAAGGAAAGGAUUAGGAGAGAAGAGGAGGAGGAGGAUAUGCAAAGAAGGGAGGAAGAGGAGAGGAAGAGGAGGGAGGAGGAAGAAGAGGAAAGAAGGAGGAGGGGGGAAGAAAAAAGAAUGAAGAGAGAGGAGGAUAGGCUGAGAAAGGAGGAGGAAGAAAGAAUGAAGAGAGAGGAGGAUAGGCUGAGAAAGGAGGAGGAAGAAAGAAUGAAGAAAGAGGAUAGGCUGAGAAAGGAGGAGGAAGAAAGAAUGAAGAAAGAGGAGGAUAGGCUGAGAAAGGAGGAGGAAGAAAGAAUGAAGAAAGAGGAGGAUAGGCUGAGAAAGGAGGAAGAAGAAAGAAUGAAGAAAGAGGAUAGGCUGAGAAAGGAGGAGGAAGAAAGAAUGAAGAGAGAGGAGGAUAGGCUGAGAAAGGAGGAGGAAGAAAGAAUGAAGAGAGAGGAGGAUAGGCUGAGAAAGGAGGAGGAAGAAAGAAUGAAGAGAGAGGAUAGGCUGAGAAAGGAGGAGGAAGAAAGAAUGAAGAAAGAGGAGGAUAGGCUGAGAAAGGAGGAGGAAGAAAGAAUGAAGAAAGAGGAGGAUAGGCUGAGAAAGGAGGAGGAAGAAAGAAUGAAGAAAGAGGAGGAUAGGCUGAGAAAGGAGGAGGAAGAAAGAAUGAAGAAAGAGGAGGAUAGGCUGAGAAAGGAGGAGGAAGAAAGAAUGAAGAGGGAAGAGGAGGAUAGGCUGAGAAAGGAGGAGGAAGAAAGAAUGAAGAAAGAGGAGGAUAGGCUGAGAAAGGAGGAGGAAGAAAGAAUGAAGAAAGAGGAGGAUUGGCUGAGAAAGGAGGAGGAAGAAAGAAUGAAGAAAGAGGAGGAUAGGCUGAGAAAGGAGGAGGAAGAAAGAAUGAAGGAAGAGGAGGAUAGGCUGAGAAAGGAGGAGGAAGAAAGAAUGAAGAAAGAGGAGGAUAGACUGAGAAAGGAGGAGGAAGAAAGAAUGAAGAGAGAGGAUGAUAGGCUGAGAAAGGAGGAGGAAGAAAUAAUGAAGAAAGAGGAGGAUAGGCUGAGAAAGGAGGAGGAAGAAAGAAUGAAGAGAGAGGGGGAUAGGCUGAGAAAGGAGGAGGAAGAAAGAAUGAAGAAAGAGGGGGAUAGGCUGAGAAAGGAGGAGGAAGAAAGAAUGAAGAAAGAGGAGCAUAGGCUGAGAAAGGAGGAGGAAGAAAGAAUGAAGAAAGAGGAGGAUAGGCUGAGAAAGGAGGAGGAAGAAAGAAUGAAGAAAGAGGAGGAUAGGCUGAGAAAUGAGGAGGAUGAAAUAAUGAAGAAAGAGGAGGAUAGGCUGAGAAAGGAGGAGGAUGAAAUAAUGAAGAAAGAGGAGGAUAGGCUGAGAAAGGAGGAGGAAGAAAGAAUGAAGAAAGAGGAGGAUAGGCUGAGAAAGGAGGAGGAAGAAAGAAUGAAGAAAGAGGAGGAUAGAAAGGAGGAUAGGCUGAGAAAGGAGGAGGAAGAAAGAAUGAAGAAAGAGGAGGAUAGGCAGAGAAAGGAGGAGGAAGAAAGAAUGAAGAGAGAGGAGGAUAGGCUGAGAAAGGAGGAGGAAGAAAGAAUGAAGAAAGAGGAGGAUAGGCUGAGAAAGGAGGAGGAAGAAAUAAUGAAGAAAGAGGAGGAUAGGCUGAGAAAGGAGGAGGAAGAAAGAAUGAAGAAAGAGGAGGAUAGGCUGAGAAAGGAGGGGGAAGAAAGACUGAAGAGAGAGGAGGAUAGGCUGAGAAAGGAGGAAGAAAUGAUGAAGAGAGAGGAGGAUAGGCUGAGAAAGGAGGAGGAAGAAAGGAUGAAGAAAGAGGAGGAUAGGCUGAGAAAGGAGGAGGAAGAAAUAAUGAAGAGAGAGGAGGAUAUGCUGAGAAAGGAGGAGGAAGAAAGAAUGAAGGAAGAGGAGGAUAGGCUGAGAAAGGAGGAGGAAGAAAGAAUGAAGAGAGAGGAGGAUAGGCUGAGAAAGGAGGAGGAAGAAAGAAUGAAGAAAGAGGAGGAUAGGCUGAGAAAGGAGGAAGAACAAAUAAUGAAGAGAGAGGAAGAUCGGCUGAGAGAGGAAGGGAGAAGGAUGAGGGAGGAGGAAGAAAGAGUGAGGAAGGCCGCAGAGGAAGAUUGGCUGAGAGAGGAAAUUAGGAUAAAGAGGAUGGAGGAGGAGGAAAGAAUGAAGAGAGAAGAGGAGGAUAGGCUGAGAAAGGAAGAAGCAGAAAGAAUUAGGCUUGAAGAAGAAAGGGAAGAGGAAGAGGAGAGAAGAAGAGAUGAGGAGCAGAGAAAACUGAUGGAGGUAAAAGAGAGGUUUAGGGUGGAGGAAGAAAAUAUGAAAAAAGAAGAGUUGAGAGGACAGGAAGAGAAGAUGACAGAGAAGGAGAAAAAGAGGAAUGCACAGAUGGAGGAACAGCGAAGGCAUGAGGAGGUGAGGGUAAAGUUGGAGGAAGUUGAGCAGCAGAUGGCGCAGAAUAGAGAGGCAGAGGCCAUCGUGUGCAAUAAUCCUUUUGAGGAAGUCUCUCCUACCACUUCAUGUGAUGACACCUCUUCAAAUAACCCGUUUGAGGAGACCCCCACAACCUCUUCUACUGGUCCCAUCAGCUGCCGAACAAAUAAAGUAUCAGCAGUCAAGCCAAGACCCUCGUCAUGGGUAAACCCAUCUCAGCCUAGUGUAUCUUCCAGACCCUCGUCAUGGGUGAACCCGUCUCAGCCUAGUGUAUCUUCCAGACCCUCGUCAUGGGUGAACCCGUCUCAGCCUAGUGUAUCUUCCAGACCCUCGUCAUGGGUGAACCCAUCUCAGCCUAGUGUAUCUUCCAACCCCUUCUUAUCGUCCUUGUCUCCUGAAAUUGAGAGUUCUAUGGACUCCCCUAGAGGCGAUGGGGAAACCAGAGGCGCCCAGGAUCCGUCUACUGAUCUAAUGGAAGAGAAAGACCCUGCCCCUCUGCCCCCCAACAACCAGCGCUGGGCUCGUAUGGACAACUGGCCUAGCAAGGGCAAUGCUCAUUCUGCCACAGCUAACCUCGCCCUAACAAAGCCAACAGAACCGCCCCCUCCUCCAAGACGUCAAUCUUCCACGUCACUGGUGGGAAGCGGGGAUGACCAGGAGAGUGUUAGUGGUCAGGACCAUUCCAGUACCAGGAUGGACAAGGGUCCUGCUCCACUGGCUCCAGAUAGACCAAGCCAGGCUCCAAGCCAGACACCGAGGGACCAGAGUAUGACCAGAGUGAAUCUGGGACAUAAGGACAGAGUAGGUGCCUCCAUGUCCAAGGUCUCUCAACGUGUGGUACAGAUGAUCACACCACUGAGAUCUUCCUCCACAGCUACAACAGAACACACCAGUGGAGGCCAGAGCUCUACCCGCCAUGGGAACCAAGCAGAACAACACAUGCCAUCUGCCACUGGGGGGUUGAGGGUGGCCAAACACAAUAAAGGUCCAGCACCCUCGAGGCCCCAGUACCCUCCAGGGAAGACGAUGCCAAAAGCUGAUGUAUUAGAUAAGCAAUUGAAUACUGAGGAACAUGACUCUUCGGUUGAGUUUGAUCCAAAUAAUCCCUUUGCAGAAGACUGCAGAAUGGAGAAGUCCUCUGGACGUGGUGAAGAACAGAGACUAACUGGUGAACAUCAGGAGAGCCUGGACUCUCACAAUCAUCAGAGUUGUACCCUCACAGAGGCAGAUCCAGGUUCAAUGCAGAAUAGUGUGGUUAGGGACACAAUAGACCUUCCAACGCCAGAUGUUCUGCUAGCUGAGGAUGGCUCCCGUCCCAUCAAAAGCCCAUCAGCAAAGUGGGUCAGUGCUCCCUUGCCUCCAUUGAAGAAAACAUCCACCUCUAGAGAGGAGGAUACUGGUAAACACAGUUCUGUAAAACUGCAAAGCCCAGGGGCUUCCACUUCGAGUAAGUUUUCCUCAGGUAUCUCAGAAAAAACGCAGAAUUGCGGUGUGGGUGUGGCACUAAAUUGUGUUACCAUUGCCCAGCGCCCAUGUGUACCCUCACCUGCCCCCUCCUUCCUACCCCAACCCAAGCCCCUGAAGGGAUCAGGGGGCAGGAGUGACUGUCCUCCCCAGACAACAAGCUCUGUCCCUGGCCAGAGGACCCUGCUUCAUGCUGGAGCUGUGUCCUCCAUUGCAGAGCAGUGCAGUGGAGAGGAGGUGGGAGGGAGAGGGGACAGGCCUACCUCAAGCACAUGCAGGCCCCAUCCAGUAAAGCCCUUGAGCUCCCUGGAAAACCAGCCAGCCUCCAACAUCCAGGAGGGGCAGGCUGGCAAAUCUACAGGAAUCCUUGGUGUCCUUCAAGAGAAGAUAAAGGUCAAAGACACAGGGGUCAAAGGUCAGUACUCCCAGCUGACCCAGGAGGAGCUGAUCUCCCUGGUGGUGAAGCAGCAGGACCAGCUCUCCAAGAGGGACAACAAGAUCAAGGAGCUGGAGCAGUACAUUGACAACCUGCUGGUGCGCAUCAUCGAGGAGCAACCCAGUAUCCUGAUGUCCAUGAACUCACUCAAAUGAGACCUUUAGAAAUAUAUAUUACUCCAUCCUGUUCCUAAUCAUUCAGAGCAGGGCUUCCUAGAUGUUUAUCUCCCUCAAUGCCCAUGUAUUGGGCUGUUUGAAGAAUUCCUGCGUGCCUCGCAAAGAACGUUUCAUUCACCCAUGUAUAACAUACCAAGCACUGGCUUUGUCUAUUCCUACUGAACGGAUGGAUGCACUUUUGAUUGUUCAUUACAUUUUGACUGUUGACUAAACUCUGAAUAAUUAUAUCUUAACAACUACAACUCUGGUGUGUAUAAAGACAGUAUAAGAACAUGGACCAAAUCCACAUAGGCCUGUGGGAAGGUGCUUUACAUUUUUGACAGUUGGUUUGGUUUGUCUUUGUAUUAACGUUUUGAUGUGCUUGCAAGGAGGAGUAUGAUAUGAAGGUUAAAUCCAGAGCAACAACACUGAAGAAUGAAUUGAAUAGCAAGAGAGAAAAAAGAAAGCUCCAACAGAACAGUGGCACACAGAGUUUGCAUAUUCGGUAACACAUUAUGCAGACAGAUCGGUAUAAUAGGGGUCAUACCGGUACAUGCUUAUGACAAGUAUUAACAUUAAUUACAAUCACAUUAUGAGUUAUACCUGUCGGUAAAGGGUUACUUCGUAUUAUUGCUUGUCUGUGAGGUGCAGAUAGGCAGUGUCCUUUGAACUAACAAAAAUAAUAUGGAUAUUAUUCCCUGUUACUGUAUAACUCAUGUAUAAGUGUUGUACAUAUUGAGAUGUCCUUUUCUUAUAUUGUAAACUUUAUGUUGAAGCACUUUGAACAAUAAAUAAUUGAAAAUUGUAGUCUACGAGAUAAACAUGGAUUGAUAAUUAAAACAAUUUAGACUACCGAUAAACCAAUUUAGACUACCACUAUGCCUUUGGAUGAAUGUACUCUCAAUUUAUUGCAAUCUCCCUGACAGGUGCACCUCCAGAAACAAAUUGCACGGGUGUAACCUGUGGACAUUGUCUAAAGUGGCAUUUCCUUGUGAAGAAAGCUAUUGGGAUUUAGAGCUACCAGUGGCCAGAGGUAGAUAGCAAGAUGUGUCAGAGUGUGUUGGUCUGCAUUUGGUCAUAGGAAGGAUUACUAUAUAGUUGGGUGAAAGUCAGAAAGUGUCUAUUCUGUCAACGUAUAGUCUAUAAUUUUUUACAAUUAUGAAAUAAAUACUUAUUUUCAAUCA